CUGUAAAAGGCAGCGUGUGGAGGUGGAGCCCAGGUUUUCCAGACUCCAGAGUUAACAGCUCAGACGAGGGAGCUUUGGCGGCUGGGCCUGCACAUCGAGGAUGAAAACCCAGUCCACCGUGGAGGGCUUCCAGUCCCAGAAAUCCUGGAUUGAAGGAGUGUUCAGUAAGAGAGAAUGUAACAAGGUCAUACCGAGUUCAAAAGACCCUCACAGGUGUGCUCUAGGCUGCCAAGUCUGCCAGAAUUUAAUCAGGUGCUACUGUGGCCGAUUGAUUCAAGACCAUCAUGGGAUAGAUUAUGCCUGGCCCCUCUCAGCUGCCAAGAAAAACAAACAUGAGCAAUGGUCUGUUGAAAAGCACACAGUGAAAAGCCCUACAGAUACCUUUGGCACUAUUAAUUUCCAAGAUGGAGAACACAUCUACCACUCCAAGUACAUUCGAACUUCUUACGACACCAGGAUGGACCAUCUGCUACAUUUGAUGUUGGAAGAGUGGAAGAUGGAGUUGCCCAAGCUGGUGAUCUCUAUCCAUGGAGGUGUCCAGAACUUCAAGAUGCCCUCCAAGCUGAAAGAGAUCUUCAGCCAGGGUUUGGUCAAAGCUGCAGAGACAACGGGAGCAUGGGUAAUAACGGAAGGCAUCAACACAGGAGUGUCCAAGCAUGUUGGAGACGCCCUGAAAGCCCAUUCUUCUAAGUCUUUGAGAAAAAUCUGGACAGUUGGAAUCCCUCCUUGGGGUGUCAUUGAGAACCAGAGAGAUCUUAUUGGAAAAGAUGUGGUGUGCAUGUACCAGACGCUGGGCAGCCCCAUCAGCAAGCUCACCACACUCAACUGCGUGCACUCGCACUUCAUCCUGUCUGACGACGGCACUGUGGGCAAGUACGGGAGUGAAAUGAAGCUCAGGAGGAACCUGGAGAAGUACCUGUCCCUGCAGAAAAUACACAGCUCAGGCUCUAGACAAGGGGUGCCCGUGGUGGGGCUGGUGGUGGAAGGAGGCCCCAAUGUCAUCCUUUCGGUGUGGGAGACCGUCAAGGACAAAGACCCCGUGGUGGUGUGUGAAGGCACGGGCAGAGCUGCCGACCUGCUGGCCCUCACCCACAAGCACUUAGCAGAUGAAGGGACGCUGCGCCCGCAGGUGAAAGAGGAGAUCAUCUCUAUUAUUCAGAACGCUUUCAACUUCAGUCUCAAGCAGUCCAAGCACCUUUUCCAAAUUCUAAUGGAAUGUAUGGUGUACAAGGAUUCUAUCACCAUAUUUGAUGCCGACUCAGAAGAGCAUCAAGACCUGGACUUGGCAAUCCUGACAGCACUGCUGAAAGGCACAAGCUUAUCAGCUUUGGAGCAACUAAAUCUAACGAUGGCUUGGGACAGGGUGGACAUUGCCAAGAAACACAUCUUAAUUUGCGGACCACAUUGGAAGACUGGCAUGCUGGAGCAAGCAAUGUUAGACGCUUUGGUGAUGGAUCGCGUGGAUUUUGUGAAGCUCUUAAUUGAAAACGGAGUGAACCUUCAUCGCUUUCUUACCAUCCCCCGAUUAGAAGACCUCUAUAACACAAAACAAGGGCCAACUAACAUGCUCUUGCAUCAUCUUGUCCAAGACGUGAAACAGCACACCCUUCUUUCUGGCUACAAAAUAACACUGAUUGACAUUGGGCUGGUAGUAGAAUACCUCAUUGGUGGAGCCUACCGCAGCAGCUACACUAGGAAAUCUUUCAGAGUCCUGUACAACAACCUCUAUAGAAAAAAGAAGAGUGUGACCAGCUUAGCUCAGAGCCUUUGCCAGCACUCCCCUCACCAGAGGCACUCUUCAGAAAAUAGAAGAGAGUCCGCAGAAAGCACAUUGCAUUCCCAGUUCUGCAGAACGGCCCAGCCUUACAAACUCAAGGAAAAGUCUGGAGUCCCUCAUAAAUCAAGGAAAAAGUCAAAGGAAAGACAGGAUUCAUUAGAUGACCCCGAGUCUACUGGCUUUACUUACCCAUACAAUGACCUGCUGGUUUGGGCUGUGCUAAUGAAGAGGCAGAAGAUGGCCAUGUUCUUUUGGCAGCACGGAGCAGAGGCCACAGUUAAGGCUGUGAUCGCUUAUAUCCUUUACAGAGCCAUGGCCCACGAAGCUAAGGAGAGCAACAUGGUAGAUGAUACCUCAGAAGAGCUGAAGAGUUACUCAAAGCAGUUUGGCCAGCUGGCCCUGGACGUACUGGAGAAGGCGUUUAAGCAGAAUGAGCCCAUGGCCAUGAAACUCUUGACGUACGAACUUAAGAACUGGAGCAACUCCACCUGCUUGAAGCUGGCCGCGUCUGGAGGGCUGCACCCUUUCGUCUCGCAUUCUUGUACCCAGAUGCUGCUGACAGACAUGUGGGUGGGACGUCUGAAGAUGAGGAAGAAUUCCUGGUGUAAGAUCAUCACAAGUAUUCUUUUGCCACCCACCAUUUUGACUUUGGAAUUUAAAAGCAAAGCUGAGAUGUCGCAUGUGCCCCAGUCCCAGGAUUUCCAGUUCGCGUGGUAUUACAGUGACCAGAGCCCCGGCAGUGCCAAAGAGAACACGUGCAUGAAAGACUGUGAUUUGGAAAGGGGCCCUGAUGAGAAGCUGGAUGAAAGUCAGCACUCUGAUCUAAGGAACCGGUCCCAAAGCCUUCCCUGGACCAGGAAAGUGUAUGAGUUCUACAGCGCCCCUAUUGUCAAGUUUUGGUUCUACACGGUGGCAUACUUGGCGUUCCUCAUGCUGUUCACUUACACGGUGUUGGUGGAGAUGCAGCCCCAACCCAGCAUGCAAGAGUGGCUUGUUAUCCUUUACAUCUUCUCCAGUGCUAUUGACAAAGUCAGGGAGAUCUGUAUCUCAGAACCGGAGAAGUUUACUCAAAAGGUGAAGGUGUGGAUGAGUGAGUACUGGAACCUGAUGGAGACUGUGGCCAUUACUCUGUUUUCAGUUGGUUUUUGCCUCCGGUGGCAUGGGCCUCCUUUUCAAACAGUGGGCAGGCUGAUCUACUGCAUCGACACCAUCUUCUGGUUCUCACGGCUCCUGGACUUCUUUGCUGUGAACCAACAUGCAGGCCCUUAUGUCACUAUGAUCGCAAAAAUGAGCGCGAAUAUGUUCUACAUCGUAAUCAUUAUGGCCAUUGUCCUGCUGAGCUUCGGAGUGGCACGCAAGGCCAUCCUUUCACCGCAUGAGCCUCCGUCUUGGAAACUUGCUCGAGAUGUUGUGUUUGAGCCGUACUGGAUGAUGUAUGGGGAGGUCUACGCUUCAGAAAUAGAUGUUUGUGAAGAGGAUCCGUCUUGCCCUCCGGGCUCCUUUCUUACCCCGUUCCUGCAAGCUGUCUACCUCUUCGUGCAGUACAUCAUCAUGGUGAACCUGCUGAUUGCUUUCUUCAACAACGUUUAUCUAGAUAUGAAGUCUAUUUCAAAUAAGCUUUGGAAAUACAACCGCUAUCACUACACCAUGACCUACCACAAGAAGCCCUGGCUGCCACCCCCGUUCAUCGUGCUCAGCCACCUGGGGCUCCUCAUCCACAGACUGUGCUGUCGCCGGGCUCCUCGGGACCGUGACCUGGAAGAGAGCGACGUGGGACUGAAACUCUACUUGAGUACCGAGGAUCUAAAAAAGCUUCAUGAGUUUGAAGAGCAGUGUGUGGAAAAAUACUUCCAUGAGAAGAUGGAGAGUCUGAAUUGCAGUUUUGAGGACCGAGUCCGAGUGACAUCUGAAAGGGUUUCAGAAAUGUAUUUCCAGCUGCACGAAAUGAAUGAAAAGGUGUCUUUUGUAAAGGAUUCCCUGCUGUCUUUGGACAGUCAGGUGGGACACCUGCAGGACCUCUCUGCCUUGGCUGUGGAUACUCUGAAGGUUCUUUCUGCAGUCGACACAUUGCAAGAGGACGAGGCUCGCCUGGCCAACAGGAAGUUUUCUGUCGGCAGAAAACUUCCCCACAGCUGGAACAAUGUCAUCUACACAAAGAUCUUGGGCAGCACAGAGAUCCCCAGAGAGACAAAAUACGGAUACUUUAGCAUGCCCCCUUCUUUGCUGCGGAGCUUGGCUAGAAGCCAGCUUCCCUCAAGAAUGCAGAAUGGAGCCCGUGAGAUUAUGGCCAGUCAGAGAGCGGCCUCAAAUAUGAGAGAUGGCCCGGAGGAGCAAGAAGCAGAAAACAGUACAGUCGAUUCUGGGGUGUCUCCCAACAGGCAUGCAAAUUCUAAGUAUGGCCAGUUUCUUCUGGUUCCUUCUGAUCUAAAGCAAGUUCCUUCUGCAGAAACGGCCUCGCCCCUCUCCAAACCAUCUGGGCAAGCAGAUGCAGACGUACUAGCAAAUGAAGAGAUUGUGCAGAGUGGGGUCCCUGGUCAUCUGACCAGGCAGACUCCAGCUGCCUCAGGCCGAGCAUCAGUGACAGAACCCGGAGAGCAGCACGAGCCAGUCGCUGAGAUUCCAGAAGAGCAAGGCACAGUGGAGCAGGUUCAGUCCGCUCUGACUGGUUCACCCACGCCCACCACAAUGGCUUCCCUCUCUUCCCGACCCAAGAGCUCACGGUCUGGAGAUGGAUAUGUGAACUUGGCAUUUUCCGAAGGCGAUGAAACGGGUGUGUUUGACUUCAAGAGCAAGUGGCAGGCCUGCUUGCCUUCCUCUCGUAAGGGUGACUCAACUCGGAGUGUGCCGUGUCCCCCGCGGAUCCAAGGCAGGUGUCUGUCUGAGAACUCAGCGGACCUGUCCCGAAGUACUGAGUGCUUGGAGGGGGCGCGACCGUGCCUGCGGCCAGGUAGAUCCUCCUGGGUCAGCCCUCUCCGCAGAGACAGACCCUUCGCUGGCAGUCAUAGCUUUAGAUUCCACAAGGAGGAGAAACCGAUGAAGAGCGAGGAGAUUAAAAGUCGCUCAAGAUCUUCAGAGAUAGGAUUAGCAUGGAUGAAAGCAAAAAUGCUCUCGAAGGACAGGAGAUUGUCAAAGAAAAAGAAGAAAACGCAAGGACUACAGCUGCCAGUCAUAACAGUCAACACCUGCUGUCAAAAUGACCAAUUGAAUUCAGGAGCAGGAGAAAAUAACAUCUCAGAAGAUGAGUGCAGCAAGAAUCGGGUCACAAUGUCCAACUUCAGCCAGAUAAGUCUAGAACCUUGUAUAUAUCAGAAGAUGGAAACCAAGGAAAUUGAGAAGCAUGCUGUACCUGUCAGUCAUUACCUAAAGUGGUCUCAAGAGGAGCUGAGGGAGAGCCCCCUGUGGGAGUCCAGGAGCACACCUGCCACUAGGAACUCCCUGCUGGGAAGUUCAAAUGGAGUAGACAGGAUCUCAGCAUCCUUAAAAAGCCCUCAAGAGCCUCAUCACCACUAUUCAGCCAUUGAAAGGAAUAAUUUAAUGAGGCUUUCUCAGACCAUACCAUUUAUGCCAAUCCAACUGUUUGUGGGAGAAGAAGUGACUGUCUACAGGUUGGAGGAGAGUUCCCCUUUGAACCUUGACAAAAGCAUGUCCUCUUGGUCCCAGCAUGGGAGAGCUGCGAUGAUCCAGGUGCUAUCUCAAGAGGAGAUAGAUGGAGGCCUCCGCAAAGCCAUGAGAGUCAUCAGCACUUGGUCUGAAGAUGAUGUUCUUAAACCAGGACAGGUUUUCAUCGUGAAGUCCUUUCUCCCCGAGGUGGUGCAGACUUGGCAUGAAAUCUUCCAGGAGAGUACGGUGCUUCAUCUCUGCCUCCGGGAAAUUCAACAACAAAGAGCUGCUCAGAAACUAAUAUAUACCUUCAAUCAAGUGAAACCACAAACUAUUCCUUACACCCCAAGGUUCCUGGAGGUUUUCUUAAUCUACUGCCAUUCAGCUAACCAGUGGUUGACCAUUGAGAAGUAUAUGACGGGGGAGUUCCGGAAGUACAACAACAACAGUGGAGAUGAAAUUGCCCCCAGCAAUACCCUGGAAGAGCUGAUGUUGGCUUUCUCUCACUGGACCUAUGAGUAUACGAGGGGAGAGCUGCUGGUUUUAGAUUUGCAAGGUGUUGGAGAAAAUCUGACAGAUCCAUCUGUUAUAAAACCUGAAGACAAACAAUCAAGAGGAAUGGUGUUUGGGCCAGCCAAUGUAGGGGAACACGCAAUUAGAAACUUCAUUGCAAAACAUCGUUGCAACUCCUGCUGCCGGAAACUCAAACUCCCGGAUUUAAAAAGGAAUGACUAUUCCCCUGGAAGGGUCAAUUCCAACUUUGGACUUGAGAAGGACGUGGAACCAGCAGCGGGGCAUUCAACAAAUGGAAAUUCCUCAGAAGAUCAAACACGACUCUAACAAUGAGAGGAGCAAGAAGGCGAUUGCUCUCUGUGCCUGCUCUGGCCUGAAUUCUGUGGUGACAUAGAUUCACUGGCGUGGUCCUGGUGACAUCAGAGCCUCUGUUAGGAUGGCCUCACAGGUGGCCCUCUGAGUCUCAUGACUCACCCUGCCCAGAGACGACACUGACCUCUGUGUACUCUCAAGUUUUACCAGAAGAUCCUUGGGCGAGUGAGCUGGCAGUACUGUUCCUUUAUAACUCAUUGCUUUCCCCAGAUGCUUGGAGCAGAAUCCUGUGCACUGAAGAACAAGGCGGAUGAAUUUAAUUUAUUUUUCACUGUAUGUGCACACUUUAGCCCCUGUAGUCCCGCAGUUAUUUACCACCUUACCCACAGAUUGUACUUAGGCAUAUAAAUAGGUGUGUGUGUAUGUAUAUACAUACAUAUAUAUGUAUACAUAUAUAUGUAUAUGCACAUUAAAAGGCUAUUUGACUUCUUUCCUGUCUAGCAGUAUAAGACUUUAAGAGGCAACAGCAGAAAGACAAUGGGAUGAGGGUGUAUUUGCACAGAUAGGAGCACACUCCUGAGUCAACCACUAGAAACCGUCCUGGUGAAGUCUCGACAGGAGAAAAUGCUGUCAUUAAAUCACAGAAUGCAGGGAAUUGCAGCUUUCUCUGAAAGAAAGAAAAGGGGACAUCUAAACCGUAUGC